CAGCAACUGGCUGAGGUGGAGGCAAAGAAGUUCAAGCAGAUGACAGAGGCCCUGGGCCCCAGCACCAUCAGGGACCUGGCUGUGGCCGGGCCAGAGAUGCAGGUCAAACUGCUCCAGUCCCUUGGUCUGAAAUCCACCUUGAUCACUGAUGGCUCCUCUCCCAUCAACCUCUUCAACACAGCCUUUGGGCUGCUGGGGCUAGGGUCUGAUGGUCAGCCCCAGGCCCGAAAGGCGGCUAGUGGGCUCAGCCCCCAGGAGGGUUUACAUAUUCAGGGACCUCCCGCCCCUCAGACUGCUGGAGGCAACCAAAUUGUGCCUUAGCUCUUACAACUGACCAAUAAAGUGGACAUUUC